AUGUCGAGUAACAGGAAUUACGACUUUCUGAUCAAGCUGCUCUUGAUCGGAGACUCGGGCGUUGGCAAGUCCUGCUGUCUGUUGCGCUUUAGCGAAGACUCAUUCACACCGUCAUUUAUCACCACUAUCGGCAUCGACUUCAAGAUCCGCACAAUCGAACUCGACGGCAAGCGGGUGAAGCUACAGAUAUGGGAUACCGCCGGUCAGGAGCGUUUCCGUACCAUCACAACGGCAUACUACAGAGGCGCCAUGGGUAUCCUUCUCGUUUACGACGUGACGGAUGAAAGGUCAUUCAACAACAUCCGCACCUGGUUCGCCAACGUGGAGCAACACGCGACGGAAGGAGUCAACAAGAUUCUCAUCGGAAACAAGUGCGACUGGGAGGAAAAGAGGGCGGUUUCCAAGGAGCAGGGCCAAGCGCUGGCCGACGAGCUCGGCAUUCCUUUCCUCGAGGUUUCAGCCAAGGCGAACAUCAACAUCGAAGAGGCCUUUUUCAGCCUUGCCAACGACAUCAAGAAGCGCAUCAUCGACACAUCCAGCAAAGAGGCGUCCGGCGGCUCGUCGGGCGUCAACGUUGCCGAUAACAGCGGGUCAGGAUCCGGCGGCAAGUGCUGCUAA